AUGGCUGGUCAGAUUUUAAAUGCCUUGUUUGAUUCUGGAGCAUCACAUUUAUUCAUUGCAUUUAAGAAGGCUAGUGAGUUAGGAUUGAAGAUUGUGGUUUUAGGCUAUGACUUGAAGGUGUAUAAUUCCACCCAUGAAGUCAUGGUAACUAGGCUAGGAUAUUCUCAAGUUUCAUUUAGGGUCAAGCAGCGUGAUUUUGUACAUGACUUGAUUUUUUUGCCGAUGACCGGUCUUGAUCUUACCUUGGGAUUGGACUGGUUAUCUAAGAAUUGUGUCUUGUUAAACUGCUUUGAGAAAUCGUUGCAUUUCAUGCCGGAAAGAUCGGAAGGGCCGGUUGUGGUGAACGGUUGCUACUUGAACUAUGUGGUAGUAAAUUGUUCAGGGGAGGAAUGUCAAGGUGUUAUGCUGUUAGCUGCGAAUGUGUCGGGUGAGGAACAAGACUUAGAGUAA